AUGGCUACCAUUUUCUCAUCACCACCACCCAUUUUCUCCUCCUCAACCACCACCACCACCACCAUCUCAAAACCACUCAUCUCCUUCAAACACCAACAACCAUCACUAACCACCACCUUAACAGCAGCAGCCAUAGCCACCAUUCUCACAACCUCACCCCCCUCCGUAGCAGCAGAAUCACCCUACAAUCUCUACUACGGAACCGCCGCGAGCGCUGCAAACUACGGCGGGUACGGCGGUAACUCAGACAAGAAAGACUCAGCGGAAUACAUCUACGACGUUCCAGAAGGGUGGAAGGAGCGUUUGAUCUCAAAGGUCGAGAAGGGUACAAAUGGAACAGACAGUGAGUUCUAUAACCCAAAGAAGAAGACAGAGAAAGAGUAUCUAACUUACCUUUCUGGGUUUCGUCAGUUAGCUCCAAAAGACGCUGUUUUGAACAACCUGGCUCUCUCUGAUGUGAACUUGCAGGAUAUAAUCAGUACUGCUGAUAAUGUGAGUUCUGAAGAAGUGAAAGAUGAUAAGGGUCAAGUUUAUUAUGUUUAUGAGAUUGAUGGGGUUGGUUUUCAUAGUUUGAUUUCUGUUACUUGUGCUAAUAAUAAGCUUUAUGCUCAUUUUGUUAAUGCGCCUACCCCGGAGUGGAAUAGAGAUAAGGAUGUUCUUACUCAUGUUCAUAAGUCUUUUAAGACUAUUGGGUAA